CGGCCGCCCCCCUUGGCAUAAUGUAGUUUUUAAAUUUAUUUGUAAUGACCUCAUCCUUCUUAAACCAACAGUCUAAAAGAUCUUUCCCUCACCCACUCAGCAAACCGAUCAGUCAAUGAUCUUCCGCAGCUACCACUCAAUUGGGUGAUAGUUCAUAGACGGAUGUCUCACUCUCUUGCUUUCCUUCGGAUCCGUCCAAUUGGGUUGGAAUUUUGACACGAAAAUGCGAUGGCUGUGCUUUCCCCAUGAAGAUUUACUAUUAAUAUAUCGUGACUUAGUCUCAGGGGCUCCAGAAAAGGCACUAUCAAAGAACAGAAAAGGAAAAAGAAAAGUCUUAAGCUUACCUUGACAGCUCCUUUCCGGAAUGACACACCCUAUUCAAUCAACUUUAAUAUCUGCCACUGUCUCUCCCAUUUGACCGAUCAUGGCAUGGACCCCAUCCGAUCUAUCGGGGGCGUCCUGCAUGGACCCAUUCGUGGUCUUCCAAUCGUUCAAUAACUUAGCCACGUGCUUUAGUAUCUUUGGCCUCCCGGAACACACAGACGGCGAGGGUCUUACUUCUUCGCAGAAGGAAGGCUAUCAUCUGUCGGCGAAUAGCACGUUUGGAAACCUCAUCGGGGAUUGUCUCAACCAGUACUGCGAGGUUCCAGAUCCGGAGUUGGAAGGAUGUGAUACACUGGGCAGGACCCCGGACGGGUACUAUCGCGUGUUCAUCUACCCUAGACAGGAAUUCAAGACCGUGACCUGUGAUAGUGUCGAUAACGACGUGAAUGAUGACAUCGGCGGUGUGGGGGUUUUACUCUCGUUCGCGAUGCAGUCAGCCAUCCUUCUAUACGUCAAUUUCAUUGUUCUCAUUCUGAAAUUCAUUCCUGCAGUCGCCCGGUGUAUCCGCCGUUGUACUAAGAGGGCACGAUCCAAGACCAAACCACAGUUCGGCUACCAUCACUUCUCCGUGAUCAAGUCCAUGAUGGUGGAAUUUCAAGAGGCGCAAUGCUUCUUCAUGUUAUCGUUUCAGUGCGCUGCCCUGAUUGCUCUUGCGGCUGGCCCGCAGGUUUUUGAGGCGACCAGUUUAUUGCAGGUGGCAUCGAAUAUCUCCAUGGCGAAAUCGGUUGCACUAAUGGGUAUUCUUCCUAUUACCUAUGGUCUAUGGGUCCUACACAAGAUCGGCUUACAUUCAUGGUAUAUCUCCGCGUGGUCGGCCAUCACAAUCGUGACGUCCAGCGUCACGCUGCAUUUAUGCAAAGUUGAGCCGCGAGCGGACAAUCUGCAGGGGAUCGCGACAUCCGAUCGUCUCGAUAAAUGCGGCUUUUUCCCGCCUCCUCUCAUAUAUUGCCGCUCGGAAAUUUAUCGAGAUAGCAGUUUUAUGAACGCUUUCUUCUUUGGACUUACCGAUGUUUUUCUGAGUUACUCAUGCAUUGGGAUCUACGGGCUACUCCUCAUGAAACGUCUCGCCCCCUAUCCCAAGCGCUGGUUCAGCCGAAGACCAUGGUUUCAGGGGACUUACCACCGAGUCCAUCCUUGGUUGGUUUCCAAAGGGGUCAGAUUCCUGUCUGGAAGCUUGACCGUGUUCAUCGAGCUGUUUCUCUUGUUCUACAACUUCAUCUAUGUCGCCACAGUCGUAGCACGAAGCUUUCCAGCGAUCUCCCUUGACUCGUGGAGUUUUGGUCAGAUCAUCGCCGUGACUAUCUGGGCUCCCAUCAUCAGCAAAUAUCUCCAUUGGGUGCUAUUUGGCACGGACUCCUAUUCUGCCAUUCGAUUCCCAUCCCCUUAUAAGAUCAUCCGAGUCAAGUCCACGAACGACGAAGACCAAAUAGAGGACGAAGACCGCCUCUUCAUCCAUCUCCCUUCUACAAGCGACCUCACUAUCAACCCGAAAUCGAAAAAGUUCAUAGUCACCGACGUAGAACUGACGCCGGUUCCCGAUUCGAAGGAAUCAUUGGUUAGUACGAGACAUUCCUGAGUACCCAUAUAAACCUUUUGUUUACCUCUGUAUUAUUACCUUGCGGUUUGUUCCUGGCAUUUUUUGGAUUAUUGGGGUACUGUAGAGGAUACAUUACCUAGCAUUGGCGUUUGGGUUAUGUUUAUGUGAAUUAUGUAUGUACAUAUUUGCUUGAUAGAUUGAGCGAUGGGUGUACGAUUAGCGCGGCUAGACAGUGGAGGGAGCUAUAGAUAGGUAUUUUAGAUGUAACAUCGUGCAGAUCUUGACUGUCUCAGUUCCUAGGAAGAUCGAUCUACGAUUGCAUGACCUGUCUCAGCCUUGUCGAUAGAUGAAGAUGGCUCGUGUAGAUCUUGG